CUACACGCAUUAUAUACUGCAAAUUACAAAAGAGCUACAAAACCGGUGCUGCUGCUUGGUUAAUGGACGAGAUGCUGUAAUAAGACGUUUCGAGCUCCUCCAUCCUUGGAGCUAAUGGCACCUUUAGACGCCUGGAAUAUUGUCGGCUGGUGAAAAAGGCUACAAGUGAGACAGCUGUCCUGUUGGCACGGAAAGGCAAAGAAAUAACCAUGUCUGCGAGAGACAGAGCGAAGGGAAAUGCCACGAAGGAUAGUCUUUCUCUGCUCCCAUGCUUCUAUUUUGUUGAGCUUCCAAUCCUGGUUUCAUCUGUAGUGAGUCUUUACUUCCUAGAAUGGACAGACAUUUUUAAACCUGUGCACUGGGGUUUCAGCUGCUAUGAUCGCAGUCUGAGUUUACCGUACAUCGAACCAACACACGAGGUCAUCCCCUUCCUCAUGCUACUCAUCCUCACCUUUGGUGCACCUGCCCUCACGAUAAUGAUUGGUGAAGGCAUUCUGUUCUGCUGGCUUUCUAAAAGUCAGAGUGGCCCUGGAGCCGAGGCCAACAUCAAUGCAGCUGGCUGCAAUUUCAACUCUUAUGUCCGACGCGCCAUCAGGUUUGUGGGGGUUCAUGUGUUUGGUCUCUGUGCCACCGCUUUGAUAACUGACAUCAUCCAGCUGUCGACAGGUUACCCAACACCAUAUUUUCUUACCGUAUGCAAACCCAACUACACACACCUGAACUCCUCGUGUGAUGAGAACUCUUUCAUUCUGGAAGACAUAUGCUCUGGAUCUGACACUGCCAUCAUUAAUGCCGGCAGAAAAUCAUUCCCUUCCCAGCAUGCAACCUUGGCAUCCUUUGCAGCUGUCUACAUCUCUAUGUAUUUCAACAGCACUCUGACAGAAUCAUCUAAGCUUCUGAAGCCCUUGUUGGUCUUCUCCUUCAUCAUAAGUGCUGUCAUAUGUGGUCUAACACGGAUUAUCCAGCACAGGAACCAUGCUAUUGAUGUUUACCUGGGAUUUCUCCUUGGAGGGGGCAUUGCCAUUUAUUUAGGUCUGCAUGCUGUUGGGAAUUUCCAACCCAGUGAGGAGAAGCUGAAGAAUGAUCCUCAGAUUCAGGAUACUGUUAGGUCCCUGGGUGAGCUGGGUCAACACAUUGGCCACCAUCUGCCUGCUAAAAGCCGAAGCAGUAGUGGUGGCAUUUCCACCUCACACUCAGAUGGCCUCCUUCACCGUAAUCUUCAGACUCGUCACACUAGAUCCCUUACUAACCUGAAGAGAUCCAGUGCAGAUGUUGAAGUCCCACAGCCCCAUAGCCCCAUAGAUAAGGAGAGCGUGGUGACUUUUAGUAACACUCUGCCUCGGAUUCACCCACCAACCAUGGAUGAUGACACAAUGCACAAUGGAACAGUCUAUUCGUCCAUGGACUCCAGUCGUUCCAAGCAGUUGUUGUCGCAGUGGAAGAGUAAGAAUGACAGUCGAAAGAGUUCCAUGCAGACUGUGGAGAGUGCCAUGGGUCAAUUUUCAACCAGCAACAUGGAGCCUCGCUGUAGCUCAGAACCUUCCACUAUAGGCAUUAAUGGGGAACAGCAAGGUCCAGGAGGGUCAUGUCUCAUACUGGCCACUGGAAGCAGCACUUUACCCAGCAACCCUUGUGGGAUUGCUGGAGGUACAAGAGUGUCGAUUCAGCCCAGACCAGGCUCUUCCCAACUGGUGCAUAUUCCAGAGGAGACUCAGGAAGGCAUGAGCAUUUCACCUAGAGGCAGUGUACGGGACAAGUGGCUGAAAAGCAUUGAAAAGAAUGUCAAUGGACAACCACGCAUUGUGCCAGUGAUUGGCAUGUCAAAGCAGCAUGGCCUGUUGCCCACAGGCUCCAGCAGUUCUGAGAGUAGUAGCCACACCAGCUCCACUGCACCUCUGCACCGCCAUAAGAGCCUGAGUGAGGAUCCUGGUUCAUGUGUUCCCAGCCAGGGUUCCAUAGUCAGGGUGGAAGCACACCCAGAGAACGGACGGCCCUUGGUUCCUGCCCACUCUACUGAAGGCACCACUUUCUGGACCUGGAAAUCUCAGAACAGCUUAAGACAGUCUUUUGAGCUCAAUGACCUAAACCGAGACUCAGCGAACUGUGAUACACUUAGGGACAGCUAUGGUUCAACAGAUAGGAAAAGAAGCAACUCUGGUGCUCCAAUACAUGUCACAGUCCCAACAGUUCCUGCUGUCUCCUCUACUUCUACUGUAGUCAACUCAGUAGGAGAUCAGCACCCUCAUCAAACCAUCUCCACCAUCCGGGUCACCCCUGUAGAGAGCAACGAGUGUGGCCCAGAGAGCCGCGACUCAACACUACGAAGAAAAAGCAAUAUGAUCCUAAUACCUGAAAGAGGGAACAGCCCAGACAACACCAGGACCAUUUUCUACAAGGGAACUUCCACCACCCCAGCAUUUAAAGAGUAGCCGGCAUUUGAUGCUUUUUCACUGUUUAUGUAUCACACAUGAAGUCCAUAUAUGAGGUGUUCAUUAUUUUUGUCCACACAUCUACAGUUUGCUGGUGUGUUUUGCACUCUGGAUGACACCAUUUCUUACACUGCAUGAAAUCACUGGUUUCUAAAGUUGUCAUAGUGACACAAAAGCACAAACCCAGAACUCUUUCUAUGCUGUUGGCUGUUGUCCUAAUGAAGAAGUACAGUAUAUUGUAGCAUAUAAACUAAUACUUUUAUUCUAUACACUGUGAAGUUGACAUAGUGCCAAGUCUUAACUUAAACACUGUAUAAAUGUUGAACAAAGUAAUUUUUCAGUGAUUACCCGAGCCCGGAACGUUUUGUAUUAUAAUUAUUCUCAAAAAUGGGUGCUGUCCUAUUUAGAUAUGGAAAGCAAAAAAAAAAAGAUCAGAAAGAUUGUUUUGUGAAAGCAUUUAAUAACCAUAAGUGCUUAGAAUAUUUUCUGUAGUUUGUUGUAUAGUCUUGCAAUCAGGGCUGGUUCGUGCUAUUCUGAUGCUCUAGGUAAAACAGAAUGUAGCUAUACCUCCAACCAGUUUGUUGUAUAAACUUUUUACAAAUUUAUCACUGGUGAUGACUGUCUUCUUAUCUGUUUAAAGUGCUUACAGUGUGCACUCAUAAAAAGUCUGGUAAAAUGACAAACUGGAUGAAAAUGUAUGUUGGUACUAUAAGCUGCCCAUGUUCAAGUGCCAUUCUAGGAAAUGCCUAGUUCACCGUUAUGUAUGUACCGGCCCUGCUUGAAAUACCAUGCACUAUAUUCUCCUAUUUGCAAUAUUAAUUUGUGUUUUCACAACUUCACCGUGAAUUCAAUUUGUGUUUCUUGCUCUCAAUGACACAUAUUUGCUAAACUUUGCUAUACGCAGUAAUUUAAUGAAUUCUCUUGGUCUCACUAAGGUGAACAUAUGUUCAGUAGCAAAUCAAGGUGCAACUAGAUCACCGUCUUCCUUUAGUGUGUUUGAUAGUAUCAGGUGCUAGUAAACACACUCUGCUGCUACUGUAAGAUCGCUCACAGCCCAGACCUCUAGCUGUGCUGUUCACUACUCAUUUUUGCACUUGAGUGGGCAAAGCGGGGCAGAGGGUUCUUAAGCUUAUGUCAUUGAUAUUUCCAUUAUUCCAUUGAAAUCUCUUCGAGUAGGUCCAGUUAACUACAGUACUUAAUAUGUGAAUACGGUUGAUUCUGAAACAACAUGCUUGAUUUCUGGAACCAUAUUCAUCUAAGCAGCCCAUAUAUCCAUGUAAAGUAUAUUUAUAUUUAGACAGAUUAAUAAAUGUGGCUACUAAAAGAACACACAAGUUAACUAUUUUUAGAUGUAUUUACCCAAUGUGGUGCCAUACGAACUAUCACAAAAAAAAAUAGAAUGAAAUGUUUAUUUUAAUAGACAUGAAGAUUAAUAAUAUUCUUUAAACUGAUUUUGCUGUGAGUUUUUUAUAAAACAUGUAAAUGUGCCAAAGGGUAUUUAAAAGGGAUCAUUUUGUGCUUUGCUAUAGUAUUUCCACAACACCCUGUAUUCUUGUAAAUCCACAAACAGUGUGGCACAGCUAGAGUGUCUGCAUGUUGAUGAUUUGAUAUCAAACAUAUGUUUUAUUCUCUCUUUAAAGUUGCGGAAAGUGUAAUAAUUUAAUUGUUUAUUCUGGAUAUUUAUUCUUGUUGGUGGACAAUCUUUAUAAAUGUGUUAUUUUGUUAGAAUAGCAAAGUCAGCACUACAAAGGAAAGACAGUUCAUUCAAUAGUGUGCACACAUUUGAUUUAAGGAAUGCAGCAUGUUUUUAAGAUGACUGAGGGGUUAUUCCCUAAAAUACUGUAUUUGUGUUUAAUCCGGAAAGUGUUGAUAGGUUAGCUGUGUAUAAGAACAUGUACAGCAGCACCCGUUACACUGGUAUCAGGCUCUGUUUAAGAAGCUACGAGAAGCUACAUCUCCUUCUUCUUUCCUACUCCUAUCUCUCUCCAUCGACUGUGCCAGAUCCAUGUAAGAAAAGGGAUCCA